GGCAUCUAAUAAUGCCUUUCAUUGUUUAAGGUGUUAUUGAUGAUGACAUUGGUGGAAACUGACGUAUAAAUGAAAGAAAACGUGUGAUGAUGGCAAAAUAUAUAUGUCACUUCAUUAUGAGCUUUUUACACAUAUUCACUAUAUUUAAGUAUACAUGUAUUAUAUUUACAUGUACAGGCCAGAGCGUUUAUGCCUUUACACAUGAAGUUGCAUCAAUGUAACGUCUCUCAAUAAAAUUUUUUUGAACAAUAAAAACUACAAUUUCACGCGUAAAGGCAUUAAAAGUUUCUGCCUGUCUGUACGCACACUACGCCCAUAUCGAUAUUCCAUUUGAUGCGUCUCGAUUCGGCCGGCUGUAAAAAACGUCAAUCAUUGUGCCCGAAUCGGUUGAGACUGAAGGUUAAACACAUUCAACACAAAAUUCCCGCUAAUCAUUGCUUCUUAUUAUUAAUAAAUUCAUUUCAAAACGAUAGAGUAGGUUGACAAGAAGAGUGUUUGAGAAAAACGAUGAUAUGAAUGGAUGUCAACGCAACUAUUCAUGAUAUAAUAUCAGGACGCCGCUCGAUUUGCGUGUCCCUGUACGUUGCCGGAGGUAUCAUAAUCGCGACCGUGCUUUUGACUUGCUGUUGCACUCUGAUCGUGCGACGCAAGUGUGCGAGACUCAUCGACAAGCUCACAGGGAGAAAGAAACGAAAGGAAAAAUAUCUCGCUUCCGAUAUCGAGGAGGGUUGGAGAAAGCGCGAUUUCGCGAAGAAGAAGUUGCGAAAAAAGAGAAAGAGAGCACCCUCGCCCGAUCUGAUCGCGACGGAAAUCACCGCGCCGAUCGUUCCCAAGGAACUCGAAAAAGCGGAGGAGGAUGAACCGACCAAAUGCUACAAAUGUUACAGAAAGAAGAAAAGAGGAAAGAGACCCAAGAGACAGAUACGAUGACACGGAGAAGACGAAGAUUAUAUAUAUAGUAAAUAAGUAAAGAAGGCGCGCACGCAAUUUCUCAUUAUGAAAACAAAUAUCACACAGUAGCGCAAAAAUGAUGAUUUUUUUUUGUUUUUUAUUCGCGCAAUUUUCUAUAACCUUUUCCCUAGCUGAAGAAAGACAUGCGUUCGAUCGGUAUUUGGAUUACGAUCGGUGCAACGAUAUUUGGCACAGGAAUUCGCGGUACCAUAGACGUGAAUCUGAGCGAGCUCGAGUAUCUCGCGGCGCGAUUAGACCCGCUCGAGUGUCGACGAUUAAUCGCCGCGCUUCAUUACACGACUUACGACCUGCCGAAGAGUUUGGCCUCGGCUGGUUAGUCGUCCUUCCAAACAAUUUAACAACCCGCGCUUCGCAAUUUACCUUCGUUUAAGUAAUUAAGCGUUUCUUCUUGUAUCCGUGCGAAGAGCGCAAGGUAGACGAGGAAAUUCCAUGUUUGCGUCAACUGCUGCAUUGGAACAGCUCUCCCGCGGAGGGCAGAGGUAAGACGCACGCGGCGAUCAUACAUCGUCUCCGACAGCUAAACCGCAACGAUCUCGCCGACUGGCUCGGCAAGACCGCUUUCAAAGAACUCGGAAAGGAUCUAAACGAUGCUAUUCAGCGCUCGUUCGACGAGCUUGCCAAAGAAGAAACGGAAACCAGCACGUUAGUAUUUUGCGUGUUUUGCUACAUUACAUAUCGGAUAUAAUAAGCGAUUUGUGAGUUGCAAGAGAUAUAAGAUAUCGAUAAUUUAGCAGUUACUUUCAUAUUCUCGUAUAUGUUUCUCUGAUCCGAAUAUCCACCGCUAAAAAUAUAUCAGUCGUAUUUAUGAUUUUGCAUUACUUCUAUUUAUAUGGUUUUGCAUUACUAGCUUCCUCACGACACUCAAGACCAUGGCUUGGACUCACGAGGAAGAAGACUCUUGGUUUCCUAUCGAUACGAUUCUUACAGCGCUUGUGCUCGGAUUGUUAGGAACGCUAAUCGUAUUAAUUGCGGCUAUUGUCAUACACACUGUCAAGAAUAAAACCUAUGUAUCUCAAUAGAGCUCUGUUUUUUCUUAGAUCCAAUCGUUUGACUCUAAUUGACUCCAAACUCAUUUGGCUCUUAAACGUCAACGAUAAAAAUUAUCACAAGCUCAAAACAUCAAUUAAAUAUCGCGUUUUUUGCAAUUUUAUCUUCUUGAGAUUUAAAUAAAUCUUCACGUUAAAAAAAAAAAAAAAGAAC